AUGGGUAAAGAGCCAAAGGCAUUCGUCGAUCCGAACAAGCGUUACAAGGGCUGGACCCUGAGGGAGAAGCUGGAUGAAGGCGGAUUUGGUAUCGUUUAUAAGGUCACAAAAGAUAGUCAAGUGGCCGCGUUUAAGGCCGAAUCCAACUCGGUUGAGGGCGGAUCUGCCAUUAAACUGGAGGUAAGUUUGUUUACUAGCCUACCCCUUACCCCCUACUGUAGUCUUAGUUCUAGCAUUAGAAGUAGCGGUAGCCCUAUCCGUAGCGUUAGGUUUAGCCCUAGUCCCAGCCUGAACCGUAGUCCUAGUCCCAGCCUUGCCCGUAGUCCUAGUCAUAGACUUAACCCUACGAACAUAAAAGUGCCAUUUUCAGUUGAAUAUACUGAUGAUAUUGAACAAAAAGUUCCCGGACACCCCUCACUUCCCGUACCUUUACCACGCCGCCAAACGGAAACAGUUCUCCUACAUGAUCGUCACGCUAUUGGGCAAAAACAUCCGGAAUCUGAAGUCGUGGAAGAAGGGAUCAAAGACCCUGAAGCCAGAGACCUGGGCACGGAUCGGGCUUCAAGCAUUGUACUGUAUCAAGCUCGUGCACGAUGCUGGAUUCUUGCAUCGUGACAUCAAGCCGGCCAACUUCAUGAUGGGCAGGGAUGACGAUCCGGAGAGGGCUAGGCUGGUUCAUAUACUCGAUUUUGGAUUGGCUAGGUACGAUUAGAAAGUUUAGGCUUAAUAGGACUGGCUUAGGCUUGGCUUAGGCUUGGUUUGGCUUGGCUUAGGCUUGGUUUGGCUUGGCUUAGGCUUGGCUUAGGCUUGGCUUAGGCUUGGCUUAGGCUUGGCUUAGGCUUGGCCUAGGCUUGGCUUAGGCUUGACUUAGGCUUGGCUUAGGCUUGGCUUAGGCUUGGCUUAGGCGUGGCUUAGGCUUGGCUUGGCUUAGGCUUGGCUUAGGCUUGGCUUAGGCUUGGCUUAGGCUUGGCUUAGCCUUGGCUUAGGCUUGGCUUAGGCUUGGCUUAGCCUUGGCUUAGGCUUGGCUUAGGCUCGACUUAGCCUUGGCUUAGGCUUGGCUUAGGCUCGACUUAAGCUAUGUAAUUGGUUAAAAUUUGUUUCCAGAGGAUAUAUAAAGCACGUUGGAGACAAAAUUGUAGCACGACGAGCGCGUGCUCACGCCGAAUUCCGCGGCACAGUACGAUACUGUUCCCCGAACGUUCACUUCAGCCUUGAACAGAGCCGACGGGACGAUUUGUGGUCAUUAUUGUAUAUGAUGAUCGAGUUACAUUGUGGAUUACCGUGGCAGACAGUGUCGGACAAAGGAAUGAUUGAGAAGAUGAAAAUGAUUUCCGAUGACAGUUUGGUCUCACCUUUGCCUGGUAGGUUUAUAAGAUGAGAUGGUUGCUAGCGUUAUGCUUAGUAGGCUUAGGCUUGGUAGUCUUAGGCUUAGUCUUAGUAGGAUUAGGCUUAGUAAGCUUAGGUUUAGUAGGUUUAGGCUUAGUAGGGUUAGGCUUAGUAGAGUUAGGCUUAGUAGGGUUAGGCUUAGUAGGCUUAGUCUUAAUAGGCUUAGGCUUAGUAGGCUUAGGCUUAGUAGGCUUAGGCUUAGUAGGCUUAGGCUUAGUAGGCUUAGGCUUAGGCUUAGUAGGCUUAGGCUUAGUAGGCUUAGGCUUAGUAGGCUUAGGCUUAGUAGGCUUAGGCUUAGUAGGCUUAUAUUUUACUAUCAAUUUUUUUAUCUAUUAGGUAACGUUCCCUGCAGUAACAUUCAGUUAGAGUGCCGUACUCGCAGUAAUUUGUUGGGUCGUUUUACACCGAGGCAAAUAUUGUAUAACACUGUAAGGUUACAUAAGAAAACGUUGCGCAACUCCAUUUCUUGCAAUUUCUCUAAGGUUAUCUUAUUAUAUUAUUAGAUAUGUCUUAGGUAACAUUGUAAAUCUUUUUUUUUGUUUUGCCGCGUCAGAAUUAUAUGAAUUGGGUAACAUGCUGGCGGGUUAGUUUUACUAUGAUAUUAGUAGACUUGACUUUAUCAGCUUUUGGUUUUCUAGGCUUAGGCUUGGUAGGCUUAGUCUUAGUAAUUUUAAGCUAGGUAGGCUUAGUAGGCUUAAGGCUGUUAGUUUUAGUUUUAGUUUGGUAGGCCUAGGCUUUGUGGACGUAAGCUUAGUAAACAUAGUCUUAGUAGGUUUGGACUUACGGUGAGAAACGGGCUGUGUAGCCCGGUCCUACGAGCAUGCCUGGCCGGACUUGAGCUAAAUUUAGGUCAGGCCCGGUCCGUUUCUCACCCCUACUUGGACUCAACAGGCUUUGUCUCAGUAAUCUUAGGCUUAUUAAUUAAAAAUUUUAGAAGAAAUCCGACCAAUGGUAAAGCAUUUACGGAAGCUGGACGUGUAUUCCCGACCAGAUUACAACCUAGUAGCUAAUAUGUUCAAAAAGUUGUGUAAACGACUGAAUGUCAACUUUGCCACGCCAUACGAUUGGGAAUACGACAAUCCGACGACCUUUAAUCUGGGGGAGAAAUUGGCAGGUUUUUAAUUUAACCUUUUGCCUUUUUAUUGAAUUUUGAUCGAAAUUUUCAAAUUAAAAAAAUUUUUAAUUUUUGAAUUUUAAAUUUUAGUACAAACUGAAUGACCGUAACAUAAUGUACGAGAACAGUGAGGCCUUUUUCUGCGCCGAUCCGAUUAAAAUCUCCGGCCCACCGCCCAAGGGCUUUAGCGACGAAAGAUUGCCGACAGACGAAGAGAGGACAAUCUACAAUCCACCAUCAGUUGAAGGCAAGGUUUCCGAUGAACAAGAGUGAGUUUGGCGCAAAAGUUGUCGGAAAUUUUUUUGGGCAGGGUAGAGUGUGUAUGGUAUAAGGGGUAGGAAAGGUAAAAUAAGGUAGGGUAGGUAAGGGUAGGGUAGGAUAAGUUAGGGUAGGGUAGAAUAGUGUAGCAUUAGGUGCCGACAUAAAGAACCCGCCAUACUUUGCCUGUAAUUUCCUGUAAAAAAUGGCGGGUUCUUUAUGUCGGCACCUAAGAUAAGUUUGGGUAGGGUAAAGUAGGGUAGGAUAAGUUAGGGUAGGGUAGAGUAGGCCAUGGUAGAGCAUGUUUUCUUUAUUUCUGAUGAAAAAUGACUUCUUUUCAGAAAAAGCCAGUACACGACGACCACAGCAACAGGGACCUCGGCUACUUCACCGGGAAAAUAA